GGCGGGGACAGGGCAGGGAACCCCCUCAGAGUCCAGGGUCGCGGCCCGGACCCGAAGCGGGAGCCCUAGAGACGCUCAGUACUCACUUCCUCUCCGAGCAGGCCGCGCCAGGCCCGGCGAUGGAGUUUCCGGACCUCGGGGCUCACUGUUCCGAGCCGAGCUGUCAGCGCUUGGAUUUUCUGCCACUCAAGUGUGACGCCUGCUCGGGCAUCUUCUGCGCAGACCAUGUGGCCUACGCCCAGCAUCAGUGUGGAUCUGCUUACCAAAAGGAUAUACAGGUGCCAGUGUGCCCACUCUGUAAUGUGCCUGUGCCUGUGGCCAGAGGGGAACCCCCUGACCGUGCUGUGGGGGAGCACAUUGACAGAGACUGUCGCUCUGAUCCCGCACAGCAAAAAAGGAAGAUCUUCACCAAUAAGUGUGAACGCUCUGGCUGCCGACAGCGGGAAAUGAUGAAACUGACCUGUGAUCGCUGUGGCCGAAACUUCUGCAUCAAGCACCGUCACCCACUGGACCAUGAUUGCUCUAGGGAGGGGCAUCCUACCAGCCGGGCAGGACUUGCCGCCACCUCCAGAGCACAAGGUCUGGCUUCUUCUACAAGCACCGUCCCCAGCCCAAGUCAGACCUUGGCUUCAUCUACCUCUCCCAGCAGAGCCACAACGCAUUCUCCAUCGCCGACGGCCCCUCCAGUGAUUGCUUUACAGAACGGCUUGAGUGAGGAUGAGGCUCUGCAACGAGCCCUGGAACUGUCGCUGGCAGAGACCAAGUCCCAGGUCCCUAGGUACCUACUCCUGGUGAAAAGGGGAAGUUCUCAGGAGGAAGAAGACUUAGCCUUAGCACAAGCACUGUCAGCCAGUGAGGCCGAAUACCAACAGCAGCAGGCCCAGAGCCGCAGCUUGAAGCCGUCUACCUGCAGCCUGUGCUAGGGCCCUGGGCUUGGGGAGGGAGGAUCAACUGAGGAGGACUAUGGCCUCACACCUGUAGGGUCCACAGGGAGAGGAGGCCCUGAGCAGCCUGGAGUGGAGAGACAGGCAGGAGUGACGCGGAGGCUGCCUCCACGAGCAUCAGGAGAAACAGCCUGUGGAGAUGAGCUUACAGGAGGCCCUGUGAGGCUCUCCAGUUGCAAGGGAGAGAGUGGCUCUGAACUGUGCCCUGGCUGGCCCCUGGGUGGAUGCUGGCCAGGUCCUCAGCCCCCUUCAUCAUGUCUUCCCCCCUCACACCAGGGCUGCCCCCAUGUGCAGUGGGCAGGGAGGAGCCUGGGAGGAAUAAAGGAUCUUG